UGAAGGCUCGCCUCAGAGUGUGCUUAAAGCCAAACAGGAAUUGGAAAUAAUUAUUAAGAAAAUGGUUGAAAAAGAAAAUGAAGUCUCAAAGGAUCUAAUGAUUGAGCAGAGAUUUCAUCGACAGAUCAUUGGCGCCAAAGGAGAGCGAAUUAAAGUGAUUCGCGAGAGCUUUAAUCAGGUUGUAAUCAUAUUUCCCGAACCCAAUGAUAAGAGCGACAAAGUGACCAUCAGAGGGACCCGAAAGGACGUGGACCAGUGCUACAAACACUUGUCUCAGCUCAACAAAGAACUCCUUACUAAUAACCACAGAGUGGAAGUGCCUAUAUUUAAACAGUUCCAUAAGUUUAUCAUUGGUAAAGAGGGCGCAAAUAUCAAAAAGAUAAGAGACGAAACGGGAACCCGAAUUGAUUUGCCGGCCGAAGGGGCCGACUCUGAUGUGAUUGUUAUAACGGGAAUGAAGAGUAAUGUGGAGACGGCUCGCGACCGCAUUCAGACGAUUCAGAAUGAGUUGGAAGACGUGGUUCAGGUCGAUAUUAUGAUCCCUUCAAAGAUCCAUAAUUAUAUAAUCGGUGCGAAAGGGCGUCAAAUCAGACAAAUAAUGGAUGACUGCGGAGGCGUUGUUAUCCGAUUCCCUCCCGAAGGCGCCGGCAGUGAUAAGGUCUCUAUUAGAGGGCCCAAAGAUUGCGUCCAAAAAGCUAAACAGCAAUUGAUUGCCAUUUCAAACGAACAACAGAUUAACAAUUUUAGCGAAGAAUUGAAGAUAAAACCCGAACACCACAGAUAUCUGAUCGGCAAAAAUGGUGCUAACAUUAAGAAAGUUAGAGACAAUGCCGGCGCCCGAGUCUUCUUCCCCACCGGCAAAGAGGAGUCGGCGGCGGACAGGGAUUCCGUUAUUAUCACCGGCAAGAAAGAGGAAGUGAUUAAAGCGAGACAAAUGUUAGAAGAGAUGGUCAAAGAUUUAGAGAAAGUGGUUGAGGGAGAGAUGAAAGUGGAGCCCAAAUAUCACAAGCAUUUUGUCGCCCGUCGCGGAGCUAUUCUCAAACAGAUUGGCGACGAAUUCGGUGGCGUAACCAUUAGUUUCCCGCGAAGUGCUCAAAGAGAUAGCGAUAGAGUUGUUCUCAAAGGCGCUAAAGAGUGUAUUGAGAGCGCGAAGCAAAGAAUCACUGAAAUAAUUGAAGACUUGGAUUCACAGAUCACUAUUGAAUGUGUAAUCCCAUCGAAAUAUCAUCGAACACUUAUGGGCACUCGUGGCACAAGAGUACAGGCCAUCACUCAAGAGCACGACGUGAGGAUCAAAUUCCCCGAAAGAGGCACUAAUGGUGUGGCCGGCGAUGAAGACGUAGCCAAUGGCGACAUCAAUGGUAGCACUGAUAGUCUGGAGAAGAGUCAGAAGAAGUCAGACAUAAUAAUCAUAACGGGAAGGGCCGAGAAGUGUGAAUCCGCUCAAAACGCUUUGUUAGCUUUAAUUCCUAUUACUAUUGAAGUUGAGGUGCCUUUCGAUUUGCACCGAUUUAUUAUUGGACAGAAGGGCCGCGAA